AUGUCGGGUGGAACUACCAUGGAUACAAUGUCUUCUGCACCACAUAUGAAUGAAGAUAAUGCCAUCAGAUAUCUCACAAAUUUUGUUAAAUCACCUGUCAGUGAUGAAUUGGAUAUAAAAAAGAGAGAAGAAUCAAUAAUGGAACUGGGUAGUAUGUUGGCUAAAAAUAAAAGGACACUAGAAUUGCGAAAAAUGAUCGAAAAUACUCGUCCGUUUUUAGUAUCUUUGGGUAAAGCCAAAGCAGCAAAACUUGUUCGCAAUUUGGUCGACCUUUGUCUUAUGAUCGAUGAUCAGGAUGGUGAAAUUAAGGUUGAUCUAUGUAAGGAAUGUAUUCAAUGGGCAACUGAUCAGAAUAGAACGUUUUUGAGGCAGACACUAGAAGCCCGUCUAGUCAGGCUGUAUAAUGAUCUGCGUCGUUAUCAGCAGGCACAACAACUGGCAAAUCAACUUGUUCGCGAGUUGAAGAAGGUUGACGAUAAAGAUGUUAUUGUCGAAGUGCAAUUAGAAGAAAGCAAAGCAUGCUAUCACUUGGGAAAUUUAUCGAAGGCUAGGGCUGCUCUAACUUCAGCCCGAACAACUGCAAAUUCUAUAUAUAUGCCACCGCGAAUGCAAGCAGCUCUUGACAUGCAAUCUGGUAUAUUACAUGCAGCAGCGGAAAGGGACUUUAAAACGGCUUUUUCAUAUUUUUAUGAAAGUUUCGAGGGAUAUGAUGGUGUAAAUGAAACUAAGGAAGCUUUGCGAGCUCUGAAAUAUAUGUUGCUCAGCAAGGUAAUAAUGUUGGAUGCUCCUGAUGAAGUUUCUUCUUUGCUUUCUGGGAAAUUGGCUUUGAAAUACAGUGGCACUGAUUUAGAUGCCAUGCGAGCUAUAGCGGAAGCAGCGAAAAAACGUUCACUUUCUGAUUUCAACGCGGCGUUUGGAAGGUAUCGGGAAGAAUUACAGUGUGAUGCUGUUGUAAAAAAGCAUUUCAAUUCAUUAAGCGAUGGUAUGCUUGAAAAAGAUUUAUGCCGCAUAAUUGAACCUUACUCAUACGUUCAAAUUGAUCAUAUUGCACGAAAAAUUGGAUUGGAUAAAGACAAGGUCGAAAAAAAGCUAUCACAAAUGAUUUUGGACAAGAAAUUCUCUGGAAGUCUUCAUCAGGGCGAUGGUAUGCUUAUAGUUUAUGAUAUCGCACCUGUUGAUAAAACAUAUGAAGCAGCUGUGGAAACUAUACAUGCAAUGAACGAGGUUAUAGACGCAUUGUAUCACCGAGUGAAGAAACUUAGAUAG